AUGACAGAGGUAAAGACUGCUGGGCUUAUCUUCAUCUGUUUUUCACUGCUGCACGGUUAUGUUGCAGCAUUGAACUGCACCAGCCCAACUCCUGAAUCCCUGUUUGAUGCCCUUGAGAGGGAAUUAUUUCCUAAAAAACUACUUCGACCUGUAAAAAGGUUUUCAGAUACACUUAACAUAACUAUCGAUAUUACUUUGGUGGGAAUUUUAGGAGUGAAUGAAAAAGCCCAGUCCUUAACAACAUUCAUAUGGCAAAUCUUGGAGUGGGAUAUAGAAGGACUGAGCUGGGAUGAGAAGGAAUGUGGAACUAAAAGAGUCUCUGUCCCCCGGGAAAAGCUUUGGGUCCCAGACGUCCACAUCUCAGAGUUCAUGGACGAGGAUAAAUCUCCGAAAACUCCCUAUGUCUACUUAUACAACACAGGUCGUGUUUUUGAUGAUAAACCAGUCAGAGUGGUCAGUUCCUGCCAAUUAGAAAUCUACACUUUCCCUUUUGAUAUUCAAAACUGCUCUCUGAGCUUUGGACCACAUCUACACCUUGCUUCAGACAUAAAGAUGAUUCAAGGUGGCACAGCUGCAGCAGUUCUGGCUGAGUCCAGAAAAGUGAUGAAGACCAAAGGGGAGUGGGAGCUUGCGGAUAUCAAAGUAACUUCAAAUACCCUGGAGUUAACUGAUGGAAGCUAUUCUGACAUAACAUUCUAUAUCAUUUUGAGACGCAGACCAAUCCUCUAUGUGGUGAACCUGCUGAUCCCUAGCUGCUUCCUCAUGACAUUGGACAUCUUCAGCUUCCUGCUGCCUCCUGCGAGUGUGGACCGAUCUGCCUUCAAGAUGACCCUCAUCCUGGGCUACACUGUCUUCCUGCUCAUCAUGAACGACCUGUUGCCUGUCACUGGGGACACAACACCUCUCAUGAAUGUCCUAUUCUCAGUCAGUCUCGCUCUGAUGGUGGCCAGCCUGUUGGAGACAGUGUUUAUUACUAAUAUCCAGUUCAGCUCCAGCCAGUACAGUGCGGUGCCUCACUGGCUCAGCGUCCUUGUGUUACGAUAUCUAGCCCUUGCUGUUUGUCUCCCUCCACAAAAAAAGAGCAACCGCGUCACAGUCUCCCUUCGCCCACUUGCUACAGACAAUGCAAUGAAUAACAGCAUCAUCUCCUCAAGGAAUCUUGAGAGCAUCUCUGGUGAUACACCUCUAGACAAACCCCCUCCAGAUAUGGCCCUGGAUGAACUGAGGAAACUGAGCAGAGAUCUCAUGUCCAUCCGCCUACAGAUGGACCACCACUUUCAGGGGACACAAACCUCACAGGAAUGGCAAAUGAUUGGGGUAGUCAUCGACCGUCUGCUGUUUGGCUUGUACAUUAUCUUCAUCUCAGUCAGCUUUAUCACCAUCGUAUCUAUCUGGAUCUGGAAUCAUUCGUUGGAAGAUUGA